CUUUUAUGUUCAUAAUAUAUUGUUCAGCUACGGUCACGUACACAAGACAAGGAAUGCAGAGAGCUCCGCAAUGUCUAGCAAUGCAAACCCAAGUGAACUGAUCAUAACCAAGCAAAUGCCCAGCCUAUUGGGUUGUGAUCAGCUGUUUUUUUUUUUGCUUGCGAUGCCAGGACUGGUUCUUUUAAAUCAGAAGGAAUUAUUUUGUGUCAGCUGUUGAUGUGACAAAAAUGCAUAGCCAGCAUUUUUCUUAUUUUAUGCAUUUUAAGAAUUCAUCUCAAUUAGAGGUCUCCAGCUAGGACCAAUAAUAUUGCAACACUGAUCUAUUCUUUCUACAUUUUGGUAUAGCCCUAUUCAUUUGUUAUCAUUAUGGAUCUCUUUUUGUGUCCAUCAAGUGAGCAUCUGCUCUGGGACCCUGUAACUCUGCAUUGUGGACACUCAUUUUGCAAAAUCUGUUUGCAAAGACCAAUGGCAGAGAGAUGUAAGGUUUGUAAACAAAGGCUGCAGGUCAAGGAUGCCAAGGACUUCAGGUGUAAUACCCUUUUAUCUAACUUGCUGGAUAAGUGCCUGGAGACAAAGACCAAAAUGAAACUCAUCACAAGGGACUUGGAAGAUCUUAUGUCACAUCAGGAGUAUGAGGAGGCGUUAAAAUUAACUUGUAAAGGGAUUGUAAUUGCACCGAAUGAUGUUACCCUGAGAAUUCUUCGCUCUGAAAUUUAUUGUGCUUUAAAGCAGUACCCAGAGGCACUGAGGGAAGCAGAAGUGAUAUGUACCGUGCAGCCACGUAAUCCAGUGGGAUUUUAUAGAAAGGGAAAAGCUCUUAUGCAGAUGAAGGAGAAAAAAGAGGCCGUUGUUUAUUUCCAGCAGUGCCUAGAGGUUGACCAACAAUUCUUUGCAGCCCGGAUAGAAAUAGAACAGCUGCUGCAGGAAUUUGGCUGCCAUGUGCCUUCCUCUCUAGAAGAUUUGCUUGCUGGGGUGUCUCAUUUCUUGAAGUUAUCCAGCUUGGACACUUCCAUUCUCAUAGAUCCCUUAAAAACCACUAGCAUCAAGUCCCAAGACACUGGUGCCAAGAUGAAGUGUGUUGCUGAUCAAAAAGAAACACCCAAUGUGUUGCCAGUUCCUGAUGUAAAGAAAACGACUACCUCAAACCAAGAGCAAAGGAAGCGGAAAGAACCAGAAGACCCAUGUGCACCAGACAAGGAGAGCUUAAGUAAGCAUUUAAAAUUGAAAGAUUCUGAGGUUCAAGAAGAUAAUAUGAAGUGCAGUCCAUCCACUGUCUUAUUGAAGAAUCUUAUUAGCAUUUCUGAUAUUGAGUGUUCUCUGUGCAUUAGGAUGUUGCUGGAGCCGGUCACCACUCCCUGUGGUCACACCUUCUGCAGGGAAUGUCUGGAGCGCUGCAUGGAUCAUCAGCCCUACUGCCCCCUAUGCAAGCAAAGCCUUAGAGAGUAUCUGAGAGCGGGAUAUUAUCCAAUCACUGCAGUUGUAGAAGAAAUCAUGUCUGCCAUAUUUCCUUCAGAGAUGGCUGAGCGCAAGCAAACACAUGUUUCUGAAAUUGCAGAGUUGUCUAAUUUGGUCAGCAACGUUCCAAUCUUUGUUUGCACUAUGGCAUUCCCUGGCGUUCCAUGCCCUCUUCAUGUCUUUGAACCACGUUACCGCCUCAUGAUGCGUCGCUGCCUGGAGACAGGGACCAAGAGCUUUGGCAUGUGUCUGUAUGAGAGUGGGAAGAGUUUUUCAGACUAUGGCUGCAUUCUGGAGAUCUUACACUUGGAUUAUCUGCCAGAUGGACGCUCGCUGAUAGAGACAAUUGGUCGAAGACGUUUCAGAGUUCUUCAAAGGGGUCAGCUGGAUGGUUACCACACAGCAGAGGUAGAAUACCUAGUAGACAAGAGGAUGGAAGGCGAGGAGCUGCAAGAGGUGAAACGUUUACAUGACACUGUCUAUCAGCAACUUGAAAUGUGUUUCUCGGGGCAGCGAAGCAGCAUUUCCAGACGCAUCUUCAUGCACCACACCAGCCUACCACCUAAAGAGGAUGAUAUCCAGGCCUCCCCAGAUGGUCCGUCUUGGUGCUGGUGGAUUCUGUCUAUCCUGCCCUUGGACCCAUCCUAUCAACUGCUGAUUUUUUCGCUGACAUCAUUGAAAGAAAGGCUUUUGCAGUUGCAGCACAUUCUAACUGUUUUUCUGCAAAGUCGUUCCUAAGUAGCCCAACAAAUCCUUAAUUUAAAAAACAAAAACAAAGCACAAUGAAUCACACAUUUGCCUCCGACUGCCGUCCAUGUGCCAAAGCAUACAUAUAAGGGAUGAAAACCGCUUACUCAAUCUUACUACUAUCAAUUGGGACAGACUGAAAUAUGCUUUUAUGGGAAUUCUUGAAUAAAUGUGAAGCAAAGAAGGAAAAUCAAAUGAUCUACAACAAGCUAAAGAAGCCAUUCCUUAUGUUCAGUUUUCUUUUAAUUCAUUGAAAACUUUCAGGACUUACAACUGGGAACACGUUUCUUAAAGUGAUCAUUCUGGUUUAUAGAAUGAGUGUUGACUUCAGUUAAUUCAAAUGAAUUAAUGUAAAUGUAACAUAUAGACAGCGGAGUGUAGCAUAUCCCUGCCUUGUUAAACUUGCUGGGUUCUUGGUAUGAUUGUUUUCUGGGGCAAUGUUUAUGUUUCAAACUGUGUAGACUUUGUCUCAUCAGUACUUUAUUUGCUCCUGGUUCUUUUUUCACUCCUUGCCAUGAUGAAAAUGUGCUUGUGUUUCUGAUGUCAUAUACUUCUCCAGUUUGAAACUGAUUUUAUGAAGCUGUUUUUGAUUGAAUUGGUUCAAUUUGAAGAGCAAUUAUAGUUGAAAAAUGACAUGCUCUAAGGUUCUGCACCUUUAUGUGUUUAAUCCCUGCAAAGAGUUUAAACACAUAGUAGAAGUACUGUCGGGACCAGCAUUGCUCUAUGAGUCCAGAGUGGUACAAUAUUAUGCAUAUAUUUCAAUAUUUUCUUACAUGUUUCUGCUUUCUUCACAGUCAGAAAACCAUACACUCCAUAUAACAGAUUGCAAUAAUUUAUCAAAUAGAAAGCAAGGUAUCUGUAGUGUAACAAUGUCUAUGGGGAAUAUAUGUAAACCUGCUGCCCAAUAGUCCACUAGCCUCUGUCCCAAUGCUGGUACCUUAUUACAACAGUGCAGUCCCUGUGCCUAUCCAGGCAGUAGCGGAUCCCUCUGUGAUCCUCCUCCUGCUGUCAGCGCCCAUGUCUACCUGUAACCAGCUUCAGCUGUGGCGUGCGUCCGUGUAGACCUGUAACCAGCUUCAGCUGUGGCGAUGUCGAGCUGUAACCAGCUUCAGCUGUGGCGGGCGUCCAUAUAGACCUGUAACUAGCUUCAGCUGUGGCAGGCGCCCAUGUCGACCUGUAACCAGCUUCAGCUCUGGCAGGCGCCCAUGUCGACCUGUAACCAGCUUCAGCUGUGGCGGGCGCCCAUGUCGACCUGUAACCAGCUUCAGCUGUGGCGGGCGCCCAUGUCGACCUGUAACCAGCUUCAGCUGUGGCGGGCGUCCGUGUAGACCUGUGGCAAGCUCAGGCUCUUCCUCCCCCUGUAGUGUGGCUACAGCCAAUCAAGUUGAUCUAUCCAAUCAGUCGUGCUGCAGUUCCAGAUACCUGCUCCACUUCACAACACAAGCAGUUAAUUUAAAGAGCCAGCUGGAAAGGAAGGCAAUAUGAAAGAAACAGUGGUUAUUCAACGUGAAUAAAGUAAAAUCCAAUUUUAUUAAAGCAUUCUUAAAAGAAGGGUAUGAUUAGCUUACAGGGAGUAUUGUAAACACUUAACGGGAUAUGAAACCCAACAUUUUUCUUUCAUGAUUCAGAUAGAGCAUGCGAUUUAAAAGAGACAUUAAAAAAAAAUGAAGGGUAAAGUUAAUGUCUAUAAAGCAGUUGGCGCCGCCAUAUUGUAACUUAGGUUACACUAAGGCCAAUUAGGAAUGGUUAUAAAUGGCUUACUAGAGUGUGCAACCAAUGACUGUGUGGAAUAUAGCUGUGUCUGCACUUCUAUGUUUACAUGAAUUGGAAAGCCCACAAUAUUCAGAUUAAAUUGCAAAAAUGGAGAACAAAAUAAAAUAGAAUCCAAUUUUAUUAAAGCAUUCUUAAAAUAAGGGUACAUCAGUCCCAGGAUACAUCCAAACAAGCAGGCAUAGCAUCGAUUGGCUUACAUGUUUCAGCUUACAUAGGCUAUGAUUAUGUAUUGAUGAUGUAUUUUAAGAAUGCUUUAAUAAAAUUGGAUUUUAUUUUAUUCACUUUAAAGAACCUGCGUUUCUUUCAUAUUGUCUGCUUUCUUCAGACAUACAAUAUAAAUAUAUUUAUUUUCUCUUUAGUAUCAUAAGCUCAUGUUCAAUAUAAACUCAAUUCAAUACAAAACACAUACAGCUAGAUUACGAGUUGUGCGUUAAAACAGCACUGCAGCCAUUACAAGUCUUGUCGGUAUAGGUGUACCGCAAGCCUUUUAGCCUGUAACGCAACGUCAGUACCGCACUCGUAAAAAUGAAAUUUUUUCAUGGGAUUCUCAUAGCGCUGCCAUUACGAGUUUUGCGGUGAGGCUAAAAACCCUGCGUUACAGCUUAAAACGACGAGAUCCGAAACGCAAUCUAAAAGCAGUAUUUAUGAGUUUUACGCUACAAAUCUGUAACAUAAAACUCAAAACUAAACUGCUAUAAAGUACACUAAACAACUAUAAACUACCUAUUAACCCCUAAACGGAGGCCCUCCCGCAUCUCAAACACUAUAUUAAAUUUAUUAACCUCUAAUCUGCCGCUCCCGGCAUCGCCGCCACUAAUACAAUUUAUUAACCCCUAUUCCGCCGGUCCCCGACAUAGUAACCACUAUAAUAAACUUAUUAACCCCUAAACUGCCGGCCUCCAGCAUCGCAAACACUAUUUAAGUAUAAUUAACCCCUAAUCUGCCGUCUGCCCACAUCACCCCACUAUACUAAAAUUAUUAAGCCCUACACCGUUGCCACUAAAAUAAACCUAUUAAUUCCUAAACCGCAAGCCCCCACAAUGAAUUAUACUAAAGUAAACUAUUAACCCCUAAACUGAAAGCCCCCCACAUAGCAAUAAACUAAAUUAAACUACUAACCCCUAAACCUAACGCCCCCCUAACUUUAGAUUAAAAUUACAAUUUCCCUAUCUUAAAUUAAAUUAAAACUUACCUGUAAAAUUACAAAAAAUAAGUUUAAACUAACAAUUAAACUAAUAUCAUUAUUAAACUAAAAUUAAACUAACUACCAAUUAAAUAAAACUAAACUACACAUUAAAAAAAUCCUAACACUACUCUAAAAAUUACAAAGUAUAUAAAUACAAAAAAUAAAAGACUAAAUUACAAAAAAUAAACUCUAAAUUGGAAAAAAUAAACACUAAAUUACAAAAAAUAAAAAACAAAAUUAUCAAAAAUAAAAAAGAAUUACACCUAAUUUAAUAGCCCUAUCAAAAUAAAAAAAAUCCACACAAAAUAAGAAAAAAACCCUAGCAUACAAUAAACUACCAAUAGCCCUUAAACGGGCUUUUUGUAGGGCAUUGCCCUAAGUUAAACAGCUCUUUUACCUGAAAAAAAAAAAAAUACAACACAGUAAAACCCAAAACCCAACCAACCCCCAAAGUAAAAAAAAUAACUCUAAAAAAAACCUAAGCUACACAUUGCCCAGAAAAGGGUAUUUGGAUAGGCAUUUAGCUCUUUUACAAGCCCAAACCCUAAACUAAAAAAAAAAUAAUUAAAAAAACCUAUCACUAACCCCCGAAGAUCCACUUACAGUUUUUGAAGUCUCGCUUGAACGAUCUUCAUCCAGGCGGCGAGAAGUAUUCAUCCAGAUGGCCUCUUCAAUCUUCAUCCCUGCGGCGAAGUCCCCAUUGAUGUCUAUAGGGAAAGCGUGCACGAGCACGUCAAAACAGCACUUGUAUUUGGUGCGGUAUGGAGUUUAAAAGCACCAUAUCAAACGCACAAGUUGGGUUUUGAAAAACUUGUAAUAGCGGCGCUAUAGGGGGUUAUAAAUAACGCAACGUUUCUUGCAUUCAUUAAUUUUCUUAUAGGAAAGGCUUCCCCUGGCCAUCUUGUCUGUUUGCUCUCUGGCUGUACUCACUCCAUCCUCUCUAAUGCUUACAGUUCAAUUCAUAAUGAAUGCCGUCUGCACAGGAUAGGUUGUUGUGGAUGCGGAAGUAAGAUUGCAGAGUUAAGAUGAAUAUCUUAAUUUUAUUAUUUAACUAGUAAAUAAUGAAAGUGUUAUGCUGUUGAGUUAGCAGAAUAUAAACCGGUCUGUCAAAGUUCCAACAGUUUUGACUUUAUUGAAUUGUCCCUUUAAAUAGUGAAACAGUUAUUUGGUCAAGUCAAUCAAUUCUCCCAUCUAAAUGGUCAUCCUCUAUAGAUUUGGCAAAUUGAUCUGUACUCGAGUCAUAAAAUAAAAAUAAAGGGGGUCUGAUUUUCCCACAACUACCAGUUAAUAUAAACAAUCCAAUGAAGCAACAUUGGGUUACUGUUAACAUUAAUAAAGUAAAGCUUUAUUUACCCUAAACAGUUUUUCAAUAUUUAACUGGAAACUCCAGUAUUUCAAAUAGCUAUAUAUUUGUAAAGCUACUGGACAUUUAACUGCUGAGACCUAAAUUUGACUUAUGACUCAUUGGGUAUAGGGAUGUAGUUCUGAUCUGUGGGCAUAUAACUGAUAGGUGCUGUAGGCUAUGGGGUAAGAUCUGAUGCCAGAUCAAGACUCUUUGCCCAGGUCAACUGUGUGCUUCCUAUUAUUAUUAUUGGUUAUUUGUAGAGCGCCAACAGAUUCCGCAGCGCUAGUAUUCCUGUGGAGAGCAGCUGGUAACCCUACUAAUGAGUGUACUGGUUGCACAUUUCUCCACAACUAUUCACUCCAAAUAAUAGCUUUUUCCUCAGUACGUUUUAUGUAUUAUUUACUGCUGUUUAAAGAUCCACCGUAAGUUUUUUCAAUAAUAGCAAGAGAGUAUGCUUAUAAGGAAGGUAUUUUAAUAUUUUAACGUUAUUUGAAGCUUUUAUAGUUUAUCUUCUAGUUUUACAUAAUCUUGCAAAGGUCUAACACUCCAUUGCUUUAUCAAUGAUACAAGUUAGUUUAGCAGCAACUGAUAGUGUUGCAUUUCAGUAAAUAAUAUGUGAGUGUGGUUUGAUAAAGUUGCAUGCAGGGUUUCAGUCUAAUCAAUACACUGCAGUAUAAGACAUAAUACAUCUCAUGCCACCACUACAAGUAAAUAGAAAAGAGGAUUUUAUAUACAGUCUCAGGUAGAAUAAAAUGUGUAUAUAGGUAGAUUUAAAAGAGCCAUUACAUCUUAUAUUAAUGGAAAUCAGUUUACAUAUUUGAAGUUACACAUUUAGGUAAAGCAGAAUGGAAAAUGUAUCAAGCUGCAUUCACAGCUCCUGUUAUGCAGGAUCUCACGAGUUCUUGCUUUUUAUCCUUUUCACCACCUCUGAGGUAGUGGAGAUAAAUCACUCCAAAUGAGCAAGGUCAAGGUGAUUGACAGUAUGAAGAGUUCUUGUGCAGUCCUAAAUCUCACCAAGUGAAGUUGCAUUAGAAGUGUAGGUUUCAGGUGGGCAGGUUCUCUGCUUGAGAACUUGUCUGUCUGGAGCUUGAGUCUUUUCCCCAAGAGUCUCAAAAUCACAGCUGAUUUAGAUUACAUGGUGAGAUCAUUAAAGGGACAUUAAGCACUAAAUACAUGCUAGAUAGAAUGAUGCAGUCAAAGAAAAGAUUAGUCCAUGACUAACAAGUAGAUGUAUUUUUUAAAGUUUCAUUAGUUGUUUAAAAAGUGAAAACAAAAGUGUAAAAUUUUAGUGUCUAUAAAACACUGGGAGCUGCCAUGUUGUAACUUGUGUUACCUUCUCUGCUGUGGCCAAUUAGGGACAGUUAUACAUAGGUCAUUAGAGUGUGCAGCCAAUGGUUGUGCUGGAUUUAACAGUGUUCUGCACUUCCAUUUCUAACAGGAACUGAAAAGCUCACAAUUUCAGAAUGGAAUUACAGGCAAAUAGGAAAAAAUAAAUAAUGAAAGUAUAUUGCAAAGUUGUUUUAUAUAUACAAUUUAUCAUUUUAUAUUACCAUCUCAAAGUGUUUAAUGUCCCUUUAAAGGGCCAUGAUAACAAAUGUUGAAACACUUGAAAGUGAUGCAGCAUAGCUGUAAAACGCUGACUAGAAAAUAUCACCUGAACAUCUCUAUGUAAAAAAGAAAGAUAUUUUACCUCAAAAUGUCCUAAGUAUUCACACCCCAUUGUAAAGGACUUUAAGCAGCAAAUCAGUAUGUCAGGCAAGGGAGUGAGCUUCGUGCACACUCAUAUUAUUUUCCUAUUCAGUUUAAGGACGUUUACUAUAAAAUCUCAUGAGAGGUAAGUGAAAUCUCAUGAGAUCACAGUAAAAGAGUUCAUGACCUCAGCACUGUUGAUUGGCUGCUGUUCAUUUCUUCAUUUUUUUUUUUACCUGCAGCUGGACAUCAGCGGAAGUAUAACUUUUUACACAGAACUUACUCUGGUGAGCUGAUGAAAUUGUGAGGUAAAAUAUCUUUCUUUUUUACAUACAGAUUCUCAGGUGAUAUUUUCCUGUCUGUUUUUUACAGUUAUACUUCAUCAGUUUUAAGUGAUUUAGCAUAUGAGUAUUAUGUCCCUUUAACUUUAAACAUGUUGCAGAUAUGUGACUGCUAGGUCUAGAUCUAUUCUGUGGUUGCCCUUAAAGGAAUAGUCUAGUCAAAAUUAAACUUUCAUGAUUCAGAUAGGGCAUGCAAUUUUAAGCAACUUUCUAAUUUACUUUAUUUGAGAAAGCAGCAAUAUAAGCUCAGAAGCCGGCCCAUUUUUGGUUCAGGACCUGGGUAGCGCUUGCUGAUUGCAGGUUACAUUUAGACACACAUCAGCAAGCUCUACCCAGGUGCUGAACCAAAAAUGGGCCGGCUCCUAAGCUUAUAUUCUUGCUUUUUUAAAAAAAGAUACAAAGAGAAUGAAGAACAAUUGAAAAUAGGAGUAAAUUAGAAAGUUGCUUAAAAUUGCAUGCUCUAUCAGAAUUAAAAUUGCAUGCUCUAUCAGAAUCCUUACAUUUAAAAUUUUGACUAGACUAUCCCUUUAAGCAGAGGUUAAAUAUUAAGCUGCCUUACUUUUCAAGCUACUACAUGUGAACUUAUUUUCUACAGCCAAUAAACAUAUAUCUGCUCACGAAGAGUCUGCAUAUUCACCAGGUUCAGAAUGUUUGUGCAGAGCAGCCAUGUGCAAAGCAGGUCGAUUACCUGUAUAUAACAAAGUUGUUUUUUUUUAGAAAAGUCCUAUGCAGUUGCCUGUUUUCUUAUGGGAGAUAUGGCACUGUUUCUGGACUAGUAUGCAUAUUGCUGGGGGGAAAAUAUCAGAUCUACCUAAGAAAAAAAAUCUGUUUCAGUUUGAAGAUAUUUUCUUACAUAUAAGCUAAAAAUAUCUGAUUCCUCUUAAAGGGGCACUCAGGUUAAAUUAAAUUUUCAUGAUUCAGAUACAGCAUGUAAUUUUAAACAACUUUCCAAUUUACUUCCAUUAAAAAAAAUGUGCACAGUCUUUUAUAUUCACAAUUUUUGAGUCACCAGCUCCUACUGAGCAUGAUCAAGAAUUCACAGACUAUACGUAUAUGCAUUUGUGAUUGGCUGAUUGCUAUCACAUGGUACAAGGGGAGUGGAAAUAGACAUAGCUUUGAAAUUUGUUAUAUAAAAAAAAAAUCUACUACUCAUUUGAAGUUCAGACUAAGUGCUAUUGCAUUGUCUUGUUAUCUUGCAUUUGUUGAUUAUGCAAAUCUAAUGUGUUGACUGGUCCUUUAAGUUGUGUUCCUCAUCAUGCAGAAAUAAUGUAUGUGUAUUUAGUUGAUAGACUAUAGAGUAGUUACUGAUAAUUGGAGUAGAUAGAUAGAUAGAUAUAAUCUGAGGUGUUAAUACAUUAGAUAACAAAUUUACUGUAUACUUCUGUUUAAGUACAACAUCUCUGAGCAGGGCCUGGUUUUGUGUGCCUCUAAGCAGGGGUUUUUAGUCAUAGUUUACAGCCUUGUACUAAAUGAUGAUGUCAAAAGCGCUGCAAAACUAAUUUGAGAAUACAUUUUCAUCCUAUUUUAGUACUCCCCAAAAUAUGCUACAAAUUGUAAGUUGUAAUACCAACUGGAGCAGAAAUAUGAGAAUAUUGAUGAUUUUUUUCGUAAAAUAGACUGUUUCCAAGCAAACCUGAUUUCUUGUCCUUGAAAUAAUUCACUGGGAGGUUGCAAAUAAAGAAAGUGAAAUGUUUGAUGGAACAUAUAGAUCGAAAACUUGACACACCUGAAUAUAUUUAUUAAAGGAACAUGAGUUCAAAUAUGUCUGCUAAAUGGACCUUGAUAACUAUUACAGAUGUUUCCUUUAAUCUGAGAAUGAUAUCAAAGUACAGCUGAACUUCUUAUAUAAAGUCACUCUUGUCUAAUUUUUUUGCCUUUUCACAUUGUCAACUUGGAUCUGUGAAUGGAAUGAAAGCAACGGAUGGUGUAGAACUAAAUCACGGCUUCUUGCAACAGUGUGAGAUAUUUUUCUACUAGUACCAGUGCUGCAUUUACUGGGCAUCAAGAGAGACAUUUUCUAGAGACGUUUUUCAAAUUAUUCUGAGAUUUUAGUACUGAUUUUUGGUGAGCGAUAAGCGAAAUGCUGCUCUGCAAUACUUGCCUUUAAAAUCCUGAAAUAUAUUGUCUUCUCUCGAUGAAUGCUAUUGUUUGAUUAUGUGACAUAUACAGUUUGCUACACCUGUUGUUGUCUGUGCUUGUCAGCUGAGAUGUAUAGCGCAGGCAGUGAGGCUGAACUAUGAUACAGGGAACUAAAUGUGUUGCAUGUGUUGAUUUUUCAAGCAAUACAUUAACAGUAAAAAAAAAAAAAUGCAGUUUUGCACAUUUAAAGGGACAUAAAGUCACAGUUAGAAAAUGCUGUAAUGUAUAAGAGCACUUUCGUUUUGUACAAUGGUUUGCCUUUACUUAUGUGUUUAACCAUUGCCAUAGCACUUGACCGGCAACGCUCUAAUGGUCCAAAGCUAAUCAUGUCGCUGAGCCAAUCAGGGGCUCUGUAUGUGUAUAGCAGCCAAUCAGUUACCAUAUUCAGCUCAGUAUAGGCAAUGUAUUGGCGCGCUAACGUUGACUGUGUUUAGUCUUUUUGCAGCGGUUAAACACAUAGAUAUAUAAACAAGCAAUAGUGCUACAUGAAAAUACUCUUGCACUUUAGAGCAUUUUCCUAUUACAGCUUUAUGUCCAUUUAAGUUCAAAAUAAUGUAAGAACUGAUUAUUUCUUUUGAAUCUUAUACGUUACUAUAUGAAAUCUUUGCUGUCUGUCAUUUGUUUGUUAAUUAUUGCUCUUCUCCUGCUCUCUGUUUUAUUUUUAUUAUGUAUUAAAAUAUGUUUAGAUUGUU